AUGCGAGGCUUUCGUUUCCCUACCUUAGCUAAGGGCCUGGUGUCCGCUUUGCUAUUAUCCAGUGUCACCGCACAGGGAGAUACUGCUCUGCAUGAGCCGGGUCGUUGUGCGAUUCGAGGUCACUGUGGAAAGAAGAGCUUUUUUGGCGGGGAGCUGCCCUGUCCCGACAACGGGCUUGCUCGCGAGCCGGACGCAUCCGUGCGAGAGAAGUUAGUAUCGCUCUGUGGAAUUCAGUGGUCUGAGGGACCAGUCUGCUGUGAAGAAGAGCAGGUCGAUGCGUUGAAGAAGAACCUGAAACUCGCCGAAGGGAUCAUCGCUUCGUGUCCGGCAUGUGUCACCAAUUUUUUCAACAUGUUUUGUACGUUUACGUGUUCCCCAGAUCAAUCACUCUUCGUCAAUAUCACGCAAACAGAACCGAAGGGAGACAAGCUUCUCGUCACAGAAUUGGAGAAUCUAUGGUCUGAAGAGUACCAGAGUGGCUUCUAUGACAGUUGUAAAAACGUUAAGAAUGGCGCAUCUGGUGGCAAGGCUAUCGACUUUAUUGGAGGCGGGGCGAAAAAUUACACUCAGUUUAUGAAAUUUCUGGGUGACAAGAAGCUUCUCGGCAGUCCUUUCCAGAUCAAUUACGAAACAGAGCCGAGUAAUCCUGACCCCCACGGUAUGCAGGCGCUUCCGAUCACCCCCAAGGCCUGCAAUGAUUCCGACCCUGCCUUCCGAUGCUCUUGCGUAGACUGUCCACCCGUCUGUCCAACUUUGCGCGAGGUCAAAUCACAACAGUUUUGUCAUGUUGGAUUGAUGCCAUGCUUAUCCUUUGCCGUUAUUCUUAUAUACUCAGUAUUCUUGUUGAUAAUCAUACUGGUAUCAAGCUACGUUACAUACAGAGAGCGACGUUUUCGCAAACCGGAGCGAGUCCGACUUUUGCAAGACCCUGUCGCAAGCGAUGACGAAGAUGAAAUCGAUUAUAUUCAUGGCUCUAGCUACGUGGAGAAUCAAUUGAAGGAUUAUAAGUUGAAUGAUAUAUGUGAUACUGUUUUCAGUCGCCUUGGUGGAACAUGUGCCCGGUUUCCUACCAUUACAAUAUCCUUGAGUAUAAUUAUUGUCGGCUUGCUCAGCCUUGGAUGGUUACAAUUUACUGUCGAAACUGACCCCGUUCGUUUGUGGGUUAGUCCCACUUCGGACGCUGCUCAAGAAAAGGAAUACUUUGACGAAAAUUUUGGUCCUUUCUAUCGCGCCGAGCAGGUCUUUUUGGUGAAUGACACCGGGCCUGUUUUGAGUUACGAAACAUUAACCUGGUGGUCUGAUGUUGAGAGUAGGGUUCGCCGAAUGAUUUCUCUGAACCAAGGACUUUCCCUUGACGACGUGUGCUUUAAACCAACCGGAGACGCCUGUGUGGUACAGUCACCAAUGGGUUAUUAUGGUGGUUCUAUGGCCGGCAUAACUCCAGAUAACUGGUCGGACAAACUCAUUCAUUGUGCUGAGUCUCCUGGUGAUGUCAGUUGUCUACCAGACUUCCAACAACCGCUUCAACCUACCAUGAUCUUUGGCGGUUAUGAAGAAACAGGAAAUGUCCUUGAUGCAAAUGCCCUCGUGGUUACCUGGGUUGUGAAUAACCAUGCGCAAGGAUCGGAAGGGGAACUGAGAGCAAUGGAUUGGGAAGACAGUUUGCAGCGAAUUCUCUCCGUCGUGCAGGAAGAAGCCGCCGAGCGUCAUCUGCGUGUCUCGUUUAACACGGAGAAGAGCCUGGAACAAGAGCUCAAUAAGUCGACCAACACAGAUGCGAAGAUCGUCGUUAUAAGCUACGUCAUCAUGUUCAUCUACGCUUCAAUAGCCUUAGGGUCGGGGGCAUUGACAUUUAGGUCACUUUUGAUAAACCCAUCCAAUGCAUUGGUGCAGUCUAAGUUCACCUUGGGUAUUGUUGGCAUUGUGAUUGUUUUAAUGUCGGUUUCUGCUUCCGUUGGAUUGUUUUCUGCGGCUGGCAUCAAGGUGACCUUAAUCAUCGCCGAGGUGAUUCCUUUCCUUGUUCUAGCUGUUGGUGUUGACAAUAUCUUUCUCAUCGUCAAUGAGUUUGAUCGUGUCAAUAUCAGCCAUCCCGACGAAGAGAUUGAUGAGCGUGUUGCGCGUGCGCUUGGUCGUAUGGGACCAAGCAUCCUUUUGUCAGCUACUACUGAAACUGUGGCUUUUGCUUUGGGCAUCUUGGCUGGCAUGCCUGCAGUCAAGAACUUUGCUGCAUAUGCUGCUGGAGCUGUUUUUAUCAAUGCUAUAUUGCAAGUCACCAUGUUCAUCUCUGUUCUAGCCCUCAACCAAAAGCGAGUAGAGAGUCUUCGGGCCGACUGCUUCCCUUGUUUGACGGUCCGACGGGCAACUUCUUCUGGUCUUCAAGAUGGUGCUGCCUUUGAUGACAUGGCCGGAGAGAGCAUGUUGCAGAAGUUCAUUCGCCGCGUUUAUGCCCCUGCUUUGCUGGAUCGGCGGGUAAAGGCGGCUGUGGUCGUUAUAUUCUUAGGGCUCUUCUCUGCCGGCCUCGCUCUGAUACCCGAAGUGCAACUUGGCCUGGACCAGCGCAUUGCUCUUCCCAGAGACUCUUACCUUAUCCAAUAUUUUGAUGAUCUUGAUGCGUACUUCCAAACUGGGCCACCCGUGUACUUUGUUACGCGCGACGUGAAUAUGACACAGCGUUCGCACCAGCGACAGAUGUGUGGCCGGUUUUCUACAUGUGAAGAGUAUUCACUGUCAUUUGUUCUAGAGCAAGAAGCCAAGCGCCCCAACGUGUCUUAUAUCUCUGGCUCGACUGCCAGCUGGAUCGAUGAUUUCUUCUACUGGCUCAAUCCUCAGCAAGACUGUUGUAAAGAAGGGAAAAAAGUAUGUUUUGAGGACCGUGUUCCACCAUGGAAUAUCUCUUUGUUCGGGAUGCCCGAAGGCCAGGAAUUCAUUCAUUAUGCCGAGAAGUGGAUUAAGUCACCGACAGACGCGUCCUGCCCACUCGGAGGAAAAGCCCCAUACAGUGAUGCCCUUGUAAUUGACCCCAAGGACAUCACGAUUAGCGCAAGUCACUUCCGUUCGAGUCAUACUCCACUGAAGAGCCAGGCCGAUUUCAUUAAUGCCUACGCCUCAGCACGACGCAUUUCGAGCGACCUAUCAAACGAACACAAUAUCGAUAUCUUUCCGUAUUCCAAGUUCUACAUAUUCUUUGAUCAAUACGCAAGUAUCAUUCGCCUGACCGGAACUCUUCUUGGGGCAGCUGUUGCUAUAAUCUUUGUUCUUAGCUCCUUAUUACUUGGCUCGGUCGCUACUGGGGCGGUUAUUACUACUACAGUUGUUAUGAUUGUAGUUGAUAUUAUCGGUACCAUGGCUGUCGCUGGUGUUUCUUUGAACGCAGUAUCGCUCGUCAAUCUGGUUAUCUGUGUUGGUAUCGGAGUCGAAUUUUGUGCCCAUAUCGCACGCGCAUUUAUGUUUCCAUCUCGCACAAUCCUAGAUCGGAGCCCCAAAUUGCGUGGCAAGGACGCGCGGGCUUGGACUGCUCUUGUGAACGUUGGAGGCAGUGUCUUUAGCGGAAUUACUAUCACCAAACUCCUUGGUGUAUGUGUGCUCGCAUUCACUCGCAGUAAAAUCUUCGAGAUCUACUAUUUCCGCAUCUGGCUGGCUCUGGUCAUAUUCGCCGCCACUCACGCUCUCAUUUUCUUACCAGUGGCUCUAAGCUACUUUGGCGGAGAAGGAUAUGCGGAUCCAGAGUCGGAUGGCGGGCUCGAAGAGAAUCUUGCUGCCCGGGGUUACCGGUCACUCCUCAUGAAUGACGAUUACGACUCGGAAGACGAAGAUUAG